CCCUCGCCCCGGCCCGCUCCGCUCAGGCGGCAUGAAGACCAAGUUCUGUAACGGCGGCGAAGCCGAGCCGUCGCCCCUGGGGCUGCUGCUGAGCUGCGGGGGGGGCGGGGGGGGCGGGGGAGGGGGCGCCCCCACGCCCGGCGGGGGGCCGGCGCAGCAGCGCGACGCGGAGGCCGUGCUCGAGGCCGAGGAGCGCGGCGGCGGCGGCGGGGGGGGAGGGGGAGGCCCCUGCUGCCCGCCGCCGCCGCCGCCGCUGCCGGCGCCCGAGCGGGACGAGGAGCCGGACGAGCCCGAGGACGCGGCCGAGGACGAGGCCCCCGAUCCCCGCACCCGCCGCAAGGCCUAUCUGUGGUGCAAGGAGUUCCUGCCCGGAGCCUGGAGGGCGCUGCCCGAGGACCGGUUCCACAUCAGCGUCGUCAG